UUGAAGGCAAACAUCCUCCGCCGCGAGUCGGACGAAGGCGUGCUCUCUCUGUUCCUUUCACAUUACGGCAAGUCUCGAGCAUCAUGAAAAGUGCUCGGAAACGACCGACAGGUGGUGAUGCUGUCUUGGACAACCCUUUUGAAUCCAGAGGCAUCCUGAACAAGAAGCACGAAGUGUUCAACCGCAGAGUCAAGGGCGAGAAGAGGAACGUCGCCAGGGCCAGGGGGCAGGCAACCCAACGUCGAGAGAAAACCCUCCUUGUAGACUUCGAGCGUAAUCGAAAGGCAAACUCCUUCCGAGAUAAAAGGUUUGGUGAGGACGAUGACACGCUACUACUCGAGGAAAAGAUGUGGGCUCGCAUGCAGAAAGACCGCAACCAGCGCAGUCGGCGUGUGGGUAUGUUCAACCUUGGGGACGACAACGGUACGAGUGAAGUGCUAACUCACAGAGGGCAAGCUUUGGGCGACAACGACGAGUACGGAGGAGGCCGCCAGGAUGAUGAAGACGACGACCUCGAUGCCGAAGUCGUCGACCAACUCCACUUCGGCGGUGAUGGAGGCGGAGACUCUCGGCUAACUCAUCCCCAGGGCGAGAAAACUCGCCAGGAAAUCCUGAACGAUAUCAUUGCGAGAAGCAAAGAGAGGAAACUCGAAAAGGCUCGCGGGAAGGAGGAGCAAGAGAGCGAGCGUGAGCGGCUUGACGAGGGGAUGGGAGAGCUACUCAGUAUGCUCGAUCAAAGGCCCGCGAAGGGCGAAGGCAACGCAGCACGAGGUCAAUCUGAUGACUACGACCUCACCAUGAGGGAGCUCGUGUACGAGGCUCGCGCCCAGGCCACCGACCGUCUACAGACACCGGAAGAAGCGGCCAGGGCGGAAAAGGCUAGACUAGACAAACUGGAAAAGGCUCGAAUAGAGAGAAUGUCAAGUCAGACCGUGGAUGGCGACACAGAAGGGGGGGCUUCUGUUGAAAGUGAGCGCCGGAAGAGGAAGGGUCGGAACGAUGACGAACUCAGUGAUGAAGACGUGGGUGUAUCAGCGAGUGAGGCACUUGGGGGACAGGACGACCAUUCUGAUGGAAGCGGUGAUAGUUCAAUGUCCGAAAGCGACAGCGAUGACAACGCCGUAGCCGCAGAAUUGGACGAUGGCGAAUGGCAGAGUGAAUCUGAAGGAGACGCUGAAGAUGACCCACCAGCGCAGGUGGAAAGGUGCGAAGGCAAGGCGUCGCCAGCACCUGCGGCAAGGGAACUCCCGUACGUGUUUGCCUGCCCCUCGUCAUACGAGGGCUUGCUGGCCCUUCUAGCGGAGCACGCCACAAGCGCCGACGAUAUCAAUACCAUCCUCGACCGCAUUCACAAGAAUCACAGCAUCAAGCUGGACUCGCGCAACAAGGAGAGGAUGCACAACUUUUAUGAUGUUCUCUUGAAGCGGUUCCGCCGAGUGGGAAGUCAAUCGGGGAAGCUUUCAUCAGCGGCGCGGCAGGAUCGAGCAAAGCAGCUGGACUUUUUGUCAGGAUUAAUCUACGACAUAACCGCUGAGAUGCCUGAGGUAGCUGCUUCCUUGUGGCACCGAGUUUGUGGCUCCCUCCACCAGCGCAUGGUCAAAGCCAUGGAAGAUUUGAGUCUUGGCGCUGAUGCGUCUGGGUACUGGCCCAGCACUGGUUCGCUCCUGCUGCUCAAACUCUUGGUCCACAUUUUCCCGUCAACUGACUUCAGGCAUCCCGUUGUGACUCCCGCCGUGCUCCACCUAUCGCAAUGCCUCAGCCAAUGCCCGGUGAAGACAAGCACCGACCUUAGCGCAGGUGUUUUCUCCUGCUCCUUGGUGCUACACUGCUGCCUUGGUGCUACGCGCCUCUCCCCAGAGGUUAUGGUCUUCCUUACAUCUGCUUUGUCACACUUCACUUUGAGUCCAAGCACACAGGCGGCGCUCUCUCCGGCGUUCAAACACUCACCGUUCGGGUGGCUGCGUGCAGCGGCAGGGUCGUGCGCUAGCAAGGACAUUCCUGCCUUCAGCAUGGGCGUGGUGGAGGGAUUAACACUGCCAGAUCGUCAGACGUAUGCGGCGGCAAUGUUGGGGGCGCUAUAUCAGCUGGUGAUUCAAGUAGCUCACGCUCUGAGCGAAAACGUGGCGUUUCCCGAGCUCUUUGCUCCGCUGCAAAGCGUGCUUUCGAAGAUCCAGCCGGAAGCGAGUCCUGCGCUACCGCUUUCGCUGCAAAAGCUCCACGUACAUCUGUCACAGCAGCUCUCCACGGCCAUACAGAAGUGUGCGUCGACACGAAGCCCACUUCAAUGGCGGGCUGUAGAACCACCGGUUUUGGAGGCACUGGCGCCAAAGUUUCAAGAAAGCUACAAGAUGAAGAAGGAUGGCCACAAGGAUACUGAACAGACCAAGUUUAAGCAGCUCCAGCGUCAAGUGAAGCGGGAACGGAAGGGGGCCAUGCGAGAACUCAAGCGGGACGCUGUAUUCCUAGAGCACGCCAAGGCCGACAAGACAGCAGAGAAAGAAAGGACCAGGAAACGCCGUCUUCGCGACAAUCUCACUUGGUUAGAGGAGCAACAAGCGACCAUCAACCAGCAAGUGAAACUCGGCGGGAAGCUCAUCAAGGGCGGAGGAAGCAGCUCUACCAAGCGCGCUCGCGUUGGCAGAGGGUUUUAGAGGUCGCUAUGUUUUUCUACAACUGCGUGAAAUUGAACAAGAGAAAGUUGUCUCUCGGUGUUUAUGGCUGAUGUGUCGUGUGUUUUAGCAGCGUCUGCAAACCGUCUGAUUUUCGAGCGCGAACCCGCCCCGCAAAGUGUUUCCCACAUGAAAAGGCGCCUCCCGCUUUUUCUACCCGUGUGGAUUCGCGUGGAGAAGCACCCGCUCCGAGGUUUUUUGGGCGACGUCAAAAGCGAGACAAAGUCACAGAUUUGGUGUGGAUUCGUGCUUCGUACACGGGUUAUAUGGA